GGGCCCAUACUACUGUGGUGCGGGUGCUGACAAAGCAUUCGGCCGUGACAUAGUGGAUUCCCACUACAAGGCCUGUCUUUACGCAGGCAUCAACAUCAGCGGCAUAAAUGGAGAAGUCAUGCCAGGCCAGUGGGAAUUCCAAGUCGGCCCUGUCAUUGGUAUCUCUGCCGGUGAUGAACUAUGGGUCGCUCGCUACAUUCUUGAGAGGAUUACAGAGAUUGCUGGCGUUGUUCUCUCAUUUGACCCGAAGCCUAUCCAGGGAGAUUGGAAUGGAGCUGGCGCUCAUAUGAAUCAUAGCACCAAGUCAAUGAGAGAAGAUGGCAGUUAUGAAGUUAUCAAGAAGGCAAUUGAAAAGCUUGGGCUGAAGCACAAGGAACACAUUGCUGCCUAUGGUGAAGGCAACGAACGGCGUCUCACUGGACGGCAUGAGACUGCUGAUAUCAAUACUUUCUUAUGGGGAGUUGCUAACUGUGGUGCUUCCAUUCGAGUCGGUCGAGACACAGAGAAAGCUGGCAAGGGCUAUUUUGAGGACAGGAGGCCCGCCUCGAACAUGGAUCCCUAUGUGGUCACUUCCAUGAUAGCAGAAACGACGAUCCUGUGGAAGCCAACAUAAGCUAAACAUGGGUAGAUUGGCCACAUCCCCAUUCUUCGUGGGGCCCGAAUUUCCAUUGGUUUGAGACCUUCCAAAUGCAUUUAGGAUCUCUAAUCAUCUAUUCUCAUUGAAAAAUUGCAUGUGGUGCACGUAGUGUGUUUUUACUAGUCUUCCUUGUCCUUUUGUUUUUUUUAGGUUGUAGAGAGGCAGGUGAGAGAAUGCCUCAUGUUGAAUAACACAUUAGUAACAGCUAAUAAAUGCAAAGUCUUCAAAGUCUC